UCUCUCUGACAUUUGAUUCUAUCUGUGACUUAACCUUUGAUUAGAUAGGCAAAUCUAUCAAAGCUUGUUGCUAAUUAAUACUGCUACUACACACUCUCAAGCAAAGUCCGUCCACAUUGACCGAGUUCCCAGAGCAGGAUUGUCGACAACCAUUCUCAUUCACUGUUAUGGCCUCGUACUUGUUGCUAGUAAUUCUCAUACAUUCUUCACCAUUUCUUUCACAAGCCAAACAAAACGGCAUCGAUUCCUUCAAAUGUGUGAAUAUAUACCAACAACCAGCUUUCAGUCAUCGGAAACUUAGACAUCACAAACUUCAGACGAAGCCAAAUAUACCUCAGUUCCCAGGAGCUACAUUUUCAAGAUCAGAUGUCAACAACGACCAUGGCUGCCCCAAAGGGACAGUACCCAUUCAUGCUAACCCUUCAAUUCACCCACAAAAUGACAUUAACAGUGGAGUAAAAUAUUUUGCAACAAUUUCGACACCUCCAGGUGAGAAGACAUAUCGUGGAGGUGCAGCAAUUAUGGGAGUAUUCAAUCCUGUGGUAAAGCAGAUGCAAUCCAGUAGGGCUAAUGUGUGGGUACAAAAUGGUCCUACAUCUGAUUUAAACAGCAUUGAAGCUGGCUGGGCGGUGCAUCCAAAUUUAUAUGGUGACAAUUAUACAAGACUUACUGCAUAUUGGACAGCUGAUGAUUUUCGGACAACCGGCUGUUACAAUUUACUGUGUCCAGGUUUUGUGCAAAUAGAUACUUCUGUAUUCCUGGGUCAAGCUUAUCUGAUUAAUCUAGAUCACCCAAUGAUGAUUGAACAAAUUGGAAUUUUUCAGGAUAAUGUGACUGGUAACUGGUGGUUAGUGACUCAAAUGAACUACUUAAUCAUACCUGUGGGAUAUUGGCCAAAGAAGAUUUUUACUUAUUUAACUCUGGGGGCAGACGUUGUUAAAUAUGGUGGGACAACAAGUACUUACUUGCAGCAACUGGAUAGGCCGCCAAUGGGGAGUGGGAAGUAUCCUGGCGAUCUGGGGUGGGUGUUCGGUUUCUUUACGAGGAUUCGAUAUGUGAAUGAUAGCUACAAUCUGAUUGAUGCUGACCAUAGAAAGAUGAACAAGGUUUUGGAUUCUGUUUGUUAUGGUUUGAUGUAUUUUACUGCUGGAGGUGCCAUGAAAGAAGCCAUGAAGUUUGGGGGACCAGGUGGAACGCCUGACAGAUGUAAACAGUUGCCUCCAUAACGAAGGAAUUAAGAGAGCUGCAACUCUCGAGUAAUAACCUCUGCUAUGUACUAAUUCAUAUUACAAUGAACAAGCUUGGUACGUACAGUAAAAGAUGCGAAUGUCCUCAAGGAUAGCCCUUUUGCAAUCAAUGUGUAUAUGUACCAUCCUUAUGAAACCAAGCAUCGGAUUUGAUUUUCGU